AUGGAUUUUUUCUUUUUCAAAUUCGAUUCUAAGGAGGGUAUGAAUAAAGUUCUUGAAGGUGGUCCAUGGUUGAUAAGAAAGAUGCCAUUAUUCCUGAAUGUAUGGGGUCUGACAAUCCGUUUAAAGAAGGAUGGCAUUAAAUUUGUUCCUGUUCGGAUUAAGUUUCAUAAUGUUCCUCUUGCUGUCUACACGGAUGAUGGUCUUAGUCUUCUGGCUUCGAAGGUUGGUAUACCGAAGAGGUUAGACGCUUAUACUGCUGAUAUGUGUAUUGAGAAUUGGGGUAGGACUAGUUAUGCUCGUGCAAUGGUGGAGAUUAAUGCAGAAAACGAAUUGAAAAAUCAAGUAGUAGUUGCUAUUCUGAAAAUGGAUGAAGAAGGUUUUGUAACGGAAAAAAUCAAAAUAGAAUACGAAUGGAAGCCGCAUCGGUGUGACACUUGUUGUUUAUUUGGCCAUAAUAAUGCGUCAUGCUCGAAAACUCCUAAGGAUAAAGCAAAACAGGUUAUCAUUGAUGAGGAGGGGUACAUUAUGGAUAAAAGGAAAACAGCAAAGUAUGGUUUUCCAAAGAAAAAGCAAAAGCCGAAGGUCAUGUACAAGCCUAAGACUAAUUCUGUAGGAGCUAGUGCCUCAGGCACUAAAAUGCAGUCGGACGCUAAUAGAGAUUCUCCUCCUGUGGACACUCAUAAUAAGUUAGAUAUUUUAGCGAAUGAUUCUUUGAAAUCAGGUACGUUAAAUGAGGUGCGUUCUGCGGAGCCGAUUUAA